UUUUAACAAAUUUAGUAAUAAUUAAAAUUCCAAAGCAAUGCUUUUUAUUAAAUUUGUUUGCUUUCUUUUUUAAUUUUUCUCCUGAAGUUGAAUUCGUGAGAAAUCUCGGGAAAUCUGGUGAAUCAUCACCAUCGUUGCUUUAGAUCACUCUGCUCCCGAUAACUACUCUGUUUUUUAUUCCCAAGUCACAUGCUCUAAACAAAUUGUAAAAUUAUAAAAUUUUAAGCGUAAUUCUCGGAGAUUCCACGCAUAACUUGAAAAAUUGUUUAUGUUGUUGUUUUUUUUCUUCAUAUUUUUUAUUUAGCAACAAAAAUGGGAUUUUGGUAAAAGUUGAAUCUGGGUUUAGUUGAUUUAGAUAUGGAGAAACGGAGAGAGACAUUAAAUUUACGUGGUAGCUCCCUGUGAAUGGUUGGUUCUUUUGUUUUUGGUAAGUCUGAAUAGUUGGUUCCGAAUUCUGAUAAGAGCUAAAAAGGCGAUUUUUUUUUUAUAUAUAUAUUUUUGUCAACUUUUGAAGUUAAAAGCAGACAAGUCAAAGAAACGCAUAAAAGGAACAGUAACUGAAAUUUUUUUGGGCAGAAAAACAAAAAAGAAAUUGAAAGAAAAAGAAAAGCGUUACAUCUUUUGCCUUAUCUUUCCAGAGAGUAUUAUUAUACGUAAUAGCAAUUGCAAUUAUAUUAUAUAAUUGGCGGGUUGUCGAGUAGCGCUAAAGUUGAAUCUGUAGCUUAUAAAGCUUCCCACUUUUGUUAAAUCUCUGGGCAAGUUUCAGAGUCUGGAGGUUUGGCUCUUCCGGGUAGGUGAGUCAAGAAGACCUGGUCAUAUAGCUUUAUAAAAAUAGCUCCUUUGUGAAGUUGAGAAGGUGGGUUUGGUGUGAAACGAGGUGGGCUGGGAUGGGUUCGUAUGGAAAGCUUGCAAGGAGGGCCUUGGACACCGAGAUGCCGGUCAUGGUUCAGAUACAAGAAUUGAUCCGAGGAGCCAAAAAUGCUGUGUCGUUGGCCCAGGGAGUAGUUUAUUGGCAACCACCCAAGCAGGCAUUGGAAAAGGUGAAAGAGCUUGUAUGGGAUCCUGCAAUUAGUCGUUAUGGUGCUGAUGAAGGUAUUCCAGAACUCAGGGAGUCAUUGAUUAAAAAGUUGCGACUAGAGAAUAAAUUGUAUAAAUCUUCAGUGAUGGUUACUGCAGGUGCUAAUCAGGCAUUUGUGAACCUUGUUCUUACAUUAUGUGAUGCUGGGGAUACUGUGGUGAUGUUUGCACCAUACUACUUCAAUUCCUACAUGUCCUUCCAGAUGACUGGCAUCACUAAUAUACUGGUGGGUCCUGGUGACCCAAAGACACUUUAUCCAGAUGCAGACUGGUUAGAGAGAACAUUGUUGGAAACUAAACCGGCACCAAAGCUUGUCACUGUUGUCAAUCCAGGGAACCCAACUGGAACCUAUAUUCCUGAGCAUCUUCUUAAGAGAAUUUCUGACCUCUGCAAACAUGUUGGAUCUUGGCUUGUUGUGGAUAAUACAUACGAGUAUUUUAUGUUCGACGGUUUAAAACACUCAUGUAUAGAGGGAAAUCAUAUAGUCAACAUUUUUUCGUUCUCAAAGGCAUAUGGGAUGAUGGGAUGGCGAGUUGGAUACAUAGCAUAUCCAUCAGAAGUAGAGGGAUUUGGUACCCAACUUCUCAAAGUUCAAGAUAACAUUCCCAUCUGUGCUUCCAUAAUUUCACAGUACCUUGCCCUUUAUUCAUUGGAAUUGGGACCUGAAUGGGUUACCGAUCGAGUGAAAGAUCUCGUAAAGAACAGAGAAAUUUUGUUGGAUGCACUCUCACCCCUUGGAGAAGGUGCUGUGAAAGGAGGAGAAGGCGCUAUAUACUUGUGGGCGAAGCUUCCGGACAAAUAUGUUGAUGACUUUGAAGUUGUACGCUGGCUUGCUCACAGGCACGGUGUGGUUGUGAUCCCGGGAACUGCAUGUGGUUGUCCAGGGAAUGUAAGAAUUUCCUUCGGAGGCUUGAUGGAAAAGGAUUGCAGGGCUGCUGCGGAUAAGCUAAGGACAGGGCUUGAAGAACUGAUCAGAGAUGGAAUGGUGCAGUAACUAUUUACUUUUUACACUAAAAAGAAAAAUUCAACACUGAAACUUGGGAAGUCCAUUUGCCAGUUUGCACAUGACUUUGCAACUGGUUCUUCAGAAUAAUUUGGCACGUUUUUUGCCUUUUUUUAGAUUUGGGGAAAAAAAAAAUAAAAAAAUAAGAGCAAUAUUCAGUGUAUGUAUAUCCGAAAAAGACGCGUCUAAACAGAAUGCAUGUAUAGCAUCACCAUUACAUUAACACAUUGAUCAUAAUGCAUGCAAUUCACUUCUGAAAAGCUUACAUAAGA